CAAACUUCCCUCGUCGCUCUCUAUCUCUCUCGCUUGACUGUGAUCGGAGAUCAAAAUAUCCGCCAUGGACAGAGCACAAUUGAUCUUGUUAGGUCUACCUAUAUUCUUAUUUUGUUCGGAUCUCUUCAACCUUUUCACUCCUCCGCCUCCAAAACCUCAGCCUCACCGUCCUCAUCAGCCACCGCAUAUCCCUCACCAGCAUCGUCCUGCUGCGAUCAUCCCUGAAACCCUAGAUUUUCCUUCACAGAAGACGAGUGGCUUAGGAGCAAUUGGAUAUGGAAAUACAGUAGAGAUCAAUUUCUGCGUCUCCUGUUCUUACAAGGGAACUGCAGUCACUAUGAAGAAGAUGUUAGAGACUGCUUUUCCCGGUUUAGAUGUGAUUCUCGCAAAUUACCCGCCACCAGCACCAAAACGCCUUCUAGCUAAGGUUGUGCCUGUUGCUCAGAUGGGAGUUAUUGGUAUGAUAGUGGCAGGUGAUCGUAUCCUUCCCAUGAUUGGAAUAACGCACCCACCUGCUUGGUUCCACUCCUUGAGGGCCAACAGAUUUGGAUCCAUGGCUUCUACUUGGCUUAUCGGAAACUUUCUACAGUCUUACCUUCAAAGCUCAGGCGCCUUUGAAGUUCACUGCAAUGGCGAACUGGUGUUCUCUAAAUUGAAAGAAGGUAGAUUCCCAGGAGAGAUCGAGCUGAGAGAUCUCAUCAGCAAAACUGUAACAAGACCGAGCAUACUCGCAGGUAGCAGCUACUGAAGUAGUAUCAGAAAAUAGAAAAGCUGGAACCUU